UAUCGGGCGGCACCUAUUUCCGGACACGGCCACGCCUAACUAGAGAACAGCUGUGAUCAUUUAUUGCCAGCAGUACAUAGCAGGGGCCCCUACUAACCUGGACACAAAAUUUCGAGUCGUAUCAUUAGUCGUAGUAGAAGCAAGAGCUCUUGAAACGCAAAAUACGGACAUACGCAUGAUCAUCCAAUCUGUUGUAUUCUCGUUUAGCCACUGCAGAGACCUCUUGUAAAGAGCAAACAGAACGAUAAGUAUACCUAAAGAAAGAUAGACUACUGUGCUAUACAAACAGCAUCUAAACAAAACUCUUGGUGCUAUACAAAUUACACAGUUCAAGUAAUCGUUGUAGUGAAGGUUAAAGUGCGGACAUCUUCUCUUCCAUUGCUGCCUCCCUGAUCACACUACCUCAGCAGAUCAAUUUCAAACACGUGGAUGGAUUAAAGUUAGCUGAUGAACGUGUGCAUGUGAAGGGCUCUGUACUGGACCUUUAGCUUGCUUUGAAAUUUUUGUUUGAUGGCUCAGCUCAGCUUGAAUGACCGUGUGUUUGUCGCACGAAGAACUUUUACUCUCUCGCCACCGCGAUCGUCUUAUAUACCCACAGUUGCGAAACGACCAACCUCUUACAAGUCAUGGACUGAAAGUACCCUCUAUAAAGCAUACUUAGCACAUAUUGAAGAUGGGCUCUCAGUACGAGAUGCUGCCGAGGCAUAUGGAGUACCUAAGUCAACUCUUCAGGAUCGCGUCAGUGGACGAGUUAAGUUUGGGGCGAGAAGUGGCCCACCAAAGCUCCUCACUGAUGAGGAAGAGAAUGAACUUGUUAGUUUUCUCUGUGGUUGUGCAUCAAUGGGCUAUGCAAAAUCCAAACAGGAAGUUUUGGCACUGGUUCGUAACAUUGUUCAAACAAAAGGACUUCGAACUGCCGUAGUCACUGAUGGGUGGUGGACCUCGUUUAAGAAGAGGCAUGGUGAACUAGCUGUACGUGCUGCAGAGCCAUUAUCAUACUCAAGGGCUGUAGCAAGUUCUCCCCAAGUAAUUUCUUGCUAUUAUGACUUGUUGGAGCAGACGCUGACAGAGAAUGAUUUACUCGAUUGCCCAUCCCAAAUCUACAACAUGGACGAAACAGGCAUGCCCCUCGACCCUGCACCUCCAAAAAUCAUCACUGUCAGAGGUGUAAAACACCCAAUAAAAAUCUCAACCGGAAAUAAAGCACAGCUUACAUGUGUUUCAGCUGUCAGUGCAACAGGUCAAAUCAUUCCUCCUAUGAUUAUAUUUGACAGAAUGAACAUUAAAACAGCUUGGACUUAUGGAGAAGUACCAGGAACUAGGUAUGGAACAUCAAAAAAUGGAUGGAUUGAUAGUGUGUUGUUUGAAGACUGGUUUAAGUGCCAAUUUUUGCCUAAUGCAUCUCCAGUGCGUCCUGUGUUGUUAAUAAUGGAUGGCCAUUCUACCCAUUACCAGCCGAGUACUGUGAGACUUGCAGCUUCGGAGCAGGUAAUACUCUUCUGUCUCCCGCCGAAUACAACGCAUUUAACACAACCCCUUGAUAAGGGCUGUUUUGGGCCACUGAAGCGUGCCUGGAGGAAGGAAUGUCAUAGUUAUAUGGCACAAAGUGGUGGAAAAAUGGUGACCCGAUACGAGUUUUCUCGGCUGUUCAACAAAGCAUGGUUUGCAUCAAUGACCCCAGCUAAUGCCAUAAGUGGAUUUCGAUGCACAGGCAUAGUCCCUUUUAAUCGAGAGGCAAUUAGGCUACCUGUUGCUGAUUUUAAGGAUCGGGUUUCAAGCUUAGCACAGGAAACAGGCCUUAAUUUCAUACCACUCUACAACUGCAGUCCAUCAAGAUCUAUACAUCUACAUGAUGCAAGUGUUGAAGAAACAGACUCUUCUGAUGGUGACUCCCCUGCUAAGAGUCCUGCUAAAAACAGCUGUGUUCUACGACAGACUGCUGUUACGAAAUGUCUUUCUGCAGUGACGGUGCCUGAGUUGCACACCCAACAAGCUAAGCCAGUUGGCAGUGGACGGGUGCUAACAAGUUCUGAAAAUCUGAAGAUUAUUAACCAAAAGGAACAAAUGAAGCUUGAGAAGGAACUUAAGAAGAAACAAGCUCAGCAGAAGAGACUUCAGAAGCAAGAAGCAAAGAAACAGAAACAGAAGCAAACUCUCACACCCGCAAGGUUGCCCAAAGAAUCGACUAACUCUGUUCCUGAGAGUGAUGUUGUCUUCACCGACAACGAGUGGGACCGUUUUGAAACGAGGCUGCUUGAAGGCUAUGAUCUUGCACCAAAGGGAAGGUAUAAACUAUGGCUUGAAAUGUAUCAUCCACAAGCUGGUGGUACCUGUAACAAACAAACUGACGAGCGUGAGUCGGAUUUAGAAGUGUCUCCUCAACCAGAUGCUGAUGAUUCAGAAGGUAGAAGAUCGUUCGGACCAGAUGAUUAUUGUGAUCCUAUUGUGGAUGCCCUUUUUGAUAGUUGGUGCUAUUCAGGAGAUGAAUCUAUUGGACCAGAUCGUGAAACAGAGUCUGUGCCUGAUACUACUGGCAGUUGUCUGCCGAGAGCUGGUGAGCUACAAUGCUCACAGGAAGUUACUCCACCUGUUCCUGGGAACAGUCAAGAUCCGUUAUCAGUAAAGAGCUGUAAAUAUACUCUUAGGAGUUCAAGGAAAACUGUCUCGCAGAAAGUUUCACCACCUGGUCCUGUGAACAGUACAGAGUCUGUGUCCAACAAGAAGCUUCCCCCUCUUGGGCGCCCACGGAAAACUGAGCCUGUGUCAGCUGCUGCGAAGAAAAAUGGCAGUCUCAUCAGUCAAGGUCCAGACAGCAAGAAACGCCCUGUUAGGUGCCCAAGGAAAACUGUCUCCCGGAAGGUUACUCUACCUGUUACAGCAACUGUGAACAGUCAAGGAGCUGAGAAUACUGGAUCACAGGAAGUUGAAGAGCCUGUGUCAGCUACUGCGAAGAAAAAUGGCAGGCUCAUCAGUCAAGGUCCAGACAGCAAGAAAGGCCCUGUUGGCCGCCCGAAGAAAACGGUCUCCCGGAAGGUUACUCCACCCGUUACAGUAACCGGGAAUAGUCAAGGAGCUGAGAAUAGUGGGUCAAGAUCACAGGAAGUUAAAGAGCCUGUGUCAGUUACACACUGUAGUACUGCUGGUCAUGCAACGAGAACUGUGCUGCGGAGGGUUUCUCCACUUUGUCCUAUGAACACUCGAGAGUCUGUGGCUAUCAACAAGCACAAUGUUGGGCGUCCAAGGAAGACUAUCUCGCAGAAGGUUACUAAAACUGGUGUUGUGAGCAGUCAAGGUCUGUGCAUCAGCCGUAGGUGCACUAAUGCUGAUAGUGGUGAUUGGGUGAAGUGUGACAAUUGUGGGCAAUGGUAUCACUGUGAAUGUGUGGGAAUUGUUAUAGAAAAUGCCAAAGAAAUCCGUUUUGAAUGCUGUUAGAUCUAUUUUUUUGUGAAUCAUUUUGCAGUAUUGUGUUAUAUAACUGUUUAUUAGUUUUAUAAUUUUUCAUUAGUCAUGUGUUUUUCAUUAGUCAUGUGAUGUUUGGUAUGAUUGGUAGAGUCUACACACUGUGUACAAAAACAUUACAACCAAGUAAGUGUAACUCACAAAUUUCAAAGCAAGCUAAAGGUCCAGUACAGAGCCCUUCACAUGCACACGUUCAUCAGCUAACUUUAAUCCA